CAGAAGGGUGACCCUUGAACAGUGAUUAGGUAUAAGGAUUUUCUGAAUCAAAGAAAAGAAGACUUAAAAAUGAAGCAAAGCAUGUUUACUUAGUCUCUUUUUCUCUGUAACCCAUGUUUAAAGAAGCUUAAAGGAUACAAGAUCCUUUCAACUCUUGUUUCUUCUUUUCGCAUCUCAUAUGGGAAUUAUAUGGGUCGAGUUCUGUUUGAAAUCUGCUCAUGGUCUGCAGCAUUCAACUUCACUUUGGAAGCGUCAAUGGUAUGCGGUUGGCUGGAUUAAUCAUAACAGCAAAUAUUGCACCAAGGUUGUAGAUUCUGGAAAUGCAAAUCCAGUUUGGAAAACCAAUUUCGCCGUUCCUGUUGAUGACUCAAUACCGAACAUCCAAGAUUUGGCACUAAAUGUCGAAGUUUACUGUAUAGACCCCAUAUUCAAGGAAAAGCUUCAUGGCUCAGCUACGAUUGGUCUGAAGAGGUUUCUUUUCAAGCAAGCGAAGAAUAAUGAGGCGUCAAUGCCAAAGCAAGAGGGGGUUCGGAGCUAUCAAUUGCGAAAGAAGAAAUCCAACAAGCCAAGAGGUUAUAUUGAUAUUCUGAUUCAUAUAUCGGUCGGUAAGAAAGAACUAAAUUCUCAUCCAGGUAGCAAGGAAAGAGCAGUGCUUUUAGAUUAUGGUAACAAUGCCCAGUGGACUGCAGAGGAAGGAUUAAGGCAAGCUUACCUGCAGAAGCAGCCUCGCGAUUCAAUCCAUCAGCCAGAAAAUUAUGAACGCACAAACGUGCCAGACUCCUAUUCAGUGCCAUUCGCCACUACAAACUAUUCUGAGCAAUGUGAGGGUGAACCAAGCUACCAUAGAGCAGCUGGGCCAAGCUACCAUACAGCAGCAGCUGGUCCAAGCUAUCAACCACAUAGAACUAGAACUCCACCACCAUCCCCACCCUAUAACGUUGGUUAUAUUCCCACUUAUCUCUCAAGAAAUGAUGGCUUGCAUCCAAGCUUCACAGACAUACCACAAUCCAUGGAAGAACCUGGUCAAACUGUGCCUCCAGGUGUUGUAUUGGAAAUAAGUGCCGAGGCAUUAGCCGCUGGUGCUGCAAUAUUUGGUGAUGACUUCUUGUCAGGAUUUGAUGUCAUGCAGUCCUAGAAGAUGUUACUAUUAACUUACUAACCGAUCCUCCUUCCUGAACCAAGCAUUAAAAUCAGCUCAAAUGGUUACAUAUGGCUGCACACAUUGUAUAUAGUUCCACAUUCUUAAAAUUGGAAUUCUGUCAAAGAAUUUGCAGAGAGAGAUUCAGUCAUUUGUCUGAAACAUUAAGAUGUUUUAUUGCUUAUAUAAAUUAAGUUUGCAAUAUUGUCUUCCAAAGUUGUUAUCUUCAGUAGCUCGUAGUUUUGGCACUAAAAGAAAGGUAACUUAAUAUCAAAAUCAUGUAUCAGGAUUAUCUGCUGCGGUCGUUUAAAA